AUGGGAGUAGGCUCUGACUAUGUCUGUGGGGCCACUCACUGUGCUGGGAAGCCUAGGCUCUCAACCCCAACCUGGUGUCUUCUUCAGGUGGCCCCACAGUCCUCUUUCUACACACUACUGCUGCUGCCAUUUGUUGGGUCUGCCCUGGGCUGGCCUGGGUCCCGGUCCUGUAGUGUCCAAGAGGUACUCCGCCACUACCAAGCUGUCAUCUUCCAGGACUUGCAGGCUGCCAUGCAGUGGCCUAGGCUGGGAGCACAACGCAGAGAGCCAGGGUCCCGACACCACCACUUCAUUCAGAAAAACCUGACUGGAGCUGGUGGAGGUCAGAAACAGCCAAGGGCCUCCUGUGAUGCCCAGAAGGAGCACAGCAUCCUACUGUCUAUUGAGUCCUUGGGUCGGACUCUCCUUGGGAGUGUGGCUGGAGCUCCCCACAGUGCGCUAGAGAAAGCAGCACGGACAGUGGCAGUGCGCACGGAGGCAGUGAUGCGCAGACACUGCCGGACAUCCUACAGGAUCCUGCAGCCCAAGAAGCAGCCAGCGCAGCCACGCAGCAGCCGGAGGCGGCGCCUGCUGCGGGCCCUAUACACCAUCGCCACCUGCUGGGAGAAGCUCUUUGCGCUAAGUGCCAUGGCAGCUGGAGAAUCCUAGCACUGUCUGUGUUCUCUCUCCCACCUCGCACAGAAGACAGGAAGCAAACUGAUUUGUGUUUUGAUAGUGUCCUCUCUCUCAGCUCAGACUGCCUGCACUCAGAGGUCCAGGGUGUGUAAAAGAGAGUACCCUCCUCUAUGGCUGUU